AUGCCGUGCACAUCACGCAACAAAAAGACUGCACCCCGUAAGGGAAGUCAGCAAGACGUCUCAAUGCUGAACGUUGAUCUGGCAGAUGAUAAGCUAGGCUGGAGGAUUGACCUUACAGCCUCAAAGGUUAGAAGCACGUUCCUGGUAGCGAACUUGAUGGCCCCUGAUGCCAGUCACCAUAUGGGGCGACUAUCUCCAAAUAGAAGAAAACUUGUUCGCAACCUAGAGAAGGUGGUAAACAAGUGUAUUGAUCGUAAUUGCGAAGGGGACCAUCCUACUACUGACCUUUUAUGCGAGAGGAUCUAUGCGGCACUUGAGGGAGCAGUAUUGAACAUAGAGGUGGAUGAGAUUAUGUGCAGGCAUGUCUCGAAAGCCGAGAACUCCAAAAACGACGACAGACACGUAAGAUGGUCUUUCGGUUUCCAGUAA